CUCCUCCACCGCCCCCAGCAGCAACCGCCCACCAGCCGCCGCCGCCGCCGCCGCUGCCGACGACGCGUCCAUCACAACCGCCGUCGUGGUCGGGUACUGCAAUCACCCACCCACCAGACUCAAUCGAUCAGAAGCCCCAAAGAGGGUGAGAACGAAAGGAAAGAAAGAAAGAAGAAUGACGCCGCCGUGCCACUCGUUCCCAGCCUCGGAGCUCCCCUCCAAGGUGCAGCUUGACGCGCGCGGCCGCCGUCGCAAGCCCUCCGCCGCUGCCGUCGACGAUGUCACCACCACCACCAACGGUAGCAGCAGCAGUACCAGUACCAAUAGACGGACCGGCAGGAUCGACCUCGCCGCCUGCGAGCUCCUCCGGAUGCUGCAGUACAAGUGCGAGGUGCAGCGCCCGCACGCGCGCGACAGCCCCGUGCAGUGCUAUGCCGUGGAGCGGCUCUUCCGGAGGUGCCAUGACAGAAACGGCCCCUUCACCGUCGAGACGACCGCCUGGGAGGGCAAGACUCCCACGCCGCUACCGCCACCCCCACCAUCUUCACCAUCCCAGCAGCAAAACACAAGUAUUCGUGACAGUGGGCAAAGCAAUGAAUCCAACAAGCCUCCCUCCAGCAAGCCGUAUCAGUGGUCGUCGAGUUGGCUCGACGCGGAUGUAGCGCCUUGAUGCCCCCCC